UCUACAGGGCGAUUGUCUCAGUGGAGUUGCCGUAGUAUUUCCGCCGCUGAUUUAGUCGCCAGAGUACUAGUUUACAAAAAGGUGAGGAGAACUUUACGUUGUGAUUCGGUUAAGGGCAAUUUAGCGACAUACUUAUCUUGCAAGACUCAUUUCCAGGUCAUGAAAAAACAAUGUCUUCCAAAUUUGGUGAGAUAAUGUGGGGAGUUGCUACUCAUACAAUUUCUUUACAGUAAACAAUUUUUAAUUGUUGGAAAUACCACAAAACCGAAUUUGAAGAACAGGAUAAUAUAUAAUAAUUUCAGACAACUGCAAAGGUGCGACUUAUGCCAUGGGGUCCACCGUUAUAUUCCAACUAAAGAAGUGCCUGAUGACAGCUUUACCAGUUAUCAAUCAAGGCUCUUCAGUUGCCCCUGUGUUGCCUUAUGCCACACACAUUCUGUGCUACAGGGGCUUUUACUCCAACCGUGGAUGGAGACGGCCGAGCAAAGGUAACACUAUACAGGCCAAUGUGCAUGGUGGAUUGAAAAACAGCACAAUUAGACAGAGGACAGUAGAGUUAAGGGGAGAGGUCACAGAUGGAAGAGGAAAGAACUAUAUUCCCCAGCAAAAUGCUUCCAUCCCCAAGUCUGUGUUUGCUGCUGGGACGGCAAAGAAGACAGCGGAGAUGCUGAAGAGGAAAGCGGGUUCGUCCUCAGAAGAAGAUCAGCGUCCUGCUGAGCUUGCAAGGAGGAUGAACAGAGGAGAUGGAAAGCUGUCGCCUCCCGAUAAGCCACUGUCUGUUGAGGAGUGGAAGAAACUGAAGGAGUCUUUGGGAAGUCCAGCACGAUUUGACAUCCAGAUGUUAUCUGCACUGUUGCAUAAUGCGGCAGAGUUGGAUAUUGCAAAAUCCCUGCUGACAUUUGCAGCCACAGAAUCAGGAACUCUAUCCUAUGAGUUGCUGCUACGGUACCUGACACUUUGUGUGAACGGCAAUCACGACACGGAAGUAUUUGAUGUCUAUGACAUCAUGCGAGUGAGUUUCCCCUCUCUGGAUACGGGAGCUUGUAGUCUUUUUAUCAGGUCUUUCAGCCGCACUGCAAGGUGGAAAGAAGCCCUCAGCAUAGUACAUUACCUCAAGAAAGUUGUUACCCCAUCACCGGGCAAUUAUGGCCAUAUAAUUGCUGCAGCAAUGCUAAACGGUGACCUAAUCACGGCAUGGGCUCUUUAUGAUGAAUUAAUGGCGAAGGGGCUCAACCCACAACAAGGCACUUGGGCCUGUUUGUUUAAGAGAGUGUGCACAGAGGAAGUAGCGACCAUGUCGCUUAGCCAGCAGCAGGAGAGGCUGCUGGGAAUUCUGCUGUACCUGAGAAACAAUCAGGUUUACCCGCAGCGGAGCCUUGCGAGCAGCAUCAAGACAUGGUUUGAAAGUAUUCCAGGGCAGCAUUGGCGAGGAACUUGGAGCAGUGCUUCUCCAAAGGGCAUGUGCAAGAGUUGUGGAACAGAGUUAGAAUCCAUUCAGCUGACUGCCGAGGAGUACCAAGAGUUGAGAGAGAGAGUCAUGACUGAUAUCAUCCAGGGACAAGACGUUUUUAACAAGACAACACCAGAGGAGUUGGACAGAUUCAAGGCAUUUGUGAGGAGGAAGCCUGCUUUUGAUGUUGUUGUGGACGGGCUUAAUGUGGCAAAUGUCAAUAACAACAGAAGCAAACUGUCAGAGACGUUGUUGGCAGUGGUGUCGGAGCUCAAGCUACAGGGCCUGACCAUUCUGGUACUGGGGAGGAAACACAUGCUGCGGCCAUCCAGAUCGUGGGACAAACACAACAUGAAACUUAUCCAGGAGAAAGCUCAUUGCUUUUUCACUGACAACAUUUCUGAGGAUGACCCAUUCUUGCUGUAUGCCACUUUGCAUUCUGGGAACCACUGUCGCUUUGUGAGUCGGGACUUGAUGAGGGAUCACAAGGCUUGUCUGCCGGACGAAGCCACCAGGCGGCUCUUUUUCAAAUGGCAGAGAGGCCAUCAACUGGUGGUGCAUAGUCGUGUUUCGGUGGGGAGGAGGGUACAGUUUCAGAGUAUUCCCAGCUAUGACACCAUUGUCCAGACUACAGGAGACACCUGGCACAUCCCCUAUGAUGACACAGAUGUCAGGAGCUCAUAUGAAGUUCCACAGAAAUGGCUGUGUCUUACCAAGAUUCACUGAAUUUACUCACACGUUGAAAUAUUUGGGGUUUAAGAAAAAAAAUCAUCAUAAUUGUACUUCUGAAUAAAAAG